AUGUCAUUCGAAAUGCCGCCACCGAAUACACCUGAAGAAGGAGUAGCAGCCCCAACGAUCUCCUCGCGAGCCGACGCACGCCGGAUUUUCGGCUCCGGGGUCCCCUCUACUAUCUACGAUUCUCCUGCCUCGUCCCCGGGCGGCUCCAGACGCAGCUCAGUUGCCGAUUACGGCCCGUAUCAAGUCCCUUCACGGGGUCAUACGCACGACCAGUCCGAAUAUGGAAUUGACUACCAGGCGCUCGACUAUGCCCAACAGAUCGACGAGGCUUUGUUAUGUCCCAUCUGCCACACGCCCUUCUUCAUGCCCAUGACGACCAAGACGUGCGGUCACACCUUCUGCGCCUCGUGUCUCGACCGCGCUCUCGAGACCCAGCACGUAUGCCCCAUUGACCGCCGACCCCUCGACAUCAGCCGAGACAUUAGCCAGACCCGAACCCGCGUAAUACUCGACCAGCUCGACCGUCUCAAAGUCAAGUGCCCAAAUAGCGGCUGCGAUCAUGUUUGCUCGCGGGAGCUUCUAUACGCACACGUCGAACGUUAUUGCGAGCAAACCCUUGUUCGCUGCCCCGACCAUCAUUGCGACGAGAUGAUCUGCCGGAAAGACGCGCGCCCCGAGAACGGGUGUCUCCAUUACGUUACGCCCUGUCCCUACUGCGAGAUGGCCAUUACUUUCAACGACCUCGAGAGGCACUACGACCAAGAGUGUACGGGACAAGAAGCCGAGUGCCCGCACUGCGACGCUGUCCUCGUCCGCCACCGUCUGGCCAAGCACAUUGCGACUGACUGCCGCGAGGUCGAAACACACUGCCAGUUCCAGAGCGCUGGGUGCAAACAGGUUGCGCCGAGGAAAGAUAUCGAGGAGCAUCUCAAGAACGGGUGCAUCUAUGAGGCGAUUGCAAAUCUCAUGCAGGCACGGGAGCAAGACCACAAGAUUAUCAAUGAGUUGAAGGGACGACUAGACGCUCUAGACGGACGAACACGGCAUCUGGAAAGAUAUGGUGGUGGUGGUGCUGGCAGCAGUGGGGUACGGGAGUCAUCUGCAUUCACCAGAGCAGCACCGCCAUCGUCUGGCCUAACCGCCGAUGCCCUCAACAACUUGAACCGUAUGCAGUCGGCCACGUCAGGUGACGCAGACAUCGAUGAGGCCAAUCACAACAUUACGCUGGAUGACCUCUUUGAAACUUUCGACCAAGAAAACAACCACCACAAUGACAGCAACUACAGUAGCCCACAAGCGGCGGCGGCAGCGAUGGCGGCGGAUGCACCCCCGGCCCCGUGGGCACACAACAGUGGCGAUGGGCCGUGGGAGUCACCAGAGGAUUACAUGCUUUCCCAGUUUGAGGCCAUGGAGGCCAAAAUUGAAGACUUGCGCAAGAUGAUGGUGGAGCUUGACGGGAGACACACAAUGAGGCUGGUCAAUGAUACGAUGAGGAUGAACGAGCAAAUCGCCGAGCUUGGGAGUAAAGUAGGAGUAUUAGGAAUGCAUACUACGUGGUUGAUGAGCAUGCAAAGGCAAAGUCGCGGACAGCAAAAUGGCUCUGGGUCAACGCCCGGGACUACGAGAUCAAAUAUUUCUGCUAGUGGUGGCGGCAGUGGCGGUACGGGUGGUAAUAACGAAGAGGGGAGAGGCAGGACGAAUACGGCGGCGACUGGUGCUUCGAGCUCGUCGAGGACGGCAACACAGACACAGCAGGGUAGCAGGAAUGGUGAUGGAGAGAGUGCGAGAGGGAGGUAUCUCAAUACCAGUGAUAUCCCGCCGUUGAGGAGGAGUAGUGUGGGGAGGGGUGAGAAUCCACCUCGACUUUGA